AUGGGACCUUUCCCAUCUUCCUAUGGAAACCUAUACAUUUUUGUGGCUGUCGACUAUGUAUCUAAGUGGGUAGAGGCUUUGGCCAUUCCCACUAAUGAUGCAAAGGUCGUCCCGAAGAUGUUCAAGUGCAUGACUAGGAGGUCUAAUAAGGACAACCUAGUUGAACAUCCGGAGAUAGACAAGCUCGAGAAGUUACUUAGGAAGCAAAAAGCCCAAGAGAUGGCCGACGAAGCAGCUCGCGCGCACGCCGCCGAAGUAGCUCGAGCUAAUGAAGAAGGAAGAGAUCCACCUCCUCCUCCUAAUCCACAAGAUCCUGCUGGGGAUGUCAAUGUGCAACCUCAAGCCGACGUUCAAACAAUCGGAGACUAUGACUCUGCCGAUGCCUUCUUCACGGAUAGAAACCCUAUCCAUCCACCACUUCCUGCAAGGAAUGACUAUGAGAUCAAGCCUCAAAUCAUAGCAUUGAUCUGUAGCGCUACUAGAUCCAAUGGAGUCUCAGCUGACUACUUGAAGUGCAAGCUCUUUUCAUUCUCUCUUGGCGACAAAGCUUCAAGAUGGUUGAAGUCUCUGCCAGCUCACUCCAUUACCACUUGGGAUGAGUACAAGGCCGUCUUCAUUAACCACUUCUACACCAAGCAAAGAUCAGUUUCUGUAAGGAACAAGAUCUCUAACUUUCGCCAAGCCACUAAGGAGUAUAUUAGGGACUGCCCUAAUCAUGGUUUCAAGGAGGGAUACCUAUGGAAUAUCUUCUAUCGUGGCAUAGACCACAAGUACAAGCUUUCAUUGGAUACUGCAAGCAAUGGAAACUUCAUGACCAAGACAAUUGAUGACGCUAAGGUUCUUAUUGAGAAUCUUGCAGCUAGUGAUUGUAACAAUUGUCCUGAUUAUGAUCGCUCAAGCUGCACCACUACUAGCUCCCCUGACGUUUCUCAAAUGGCUGAACUCAAGAACAUGAUGGCUCAAGUUCUUAAGGGACAGCUCAAGCAUAUCAAUGCAAUAGAAGGGAUGAGUGAUGCAAAUGAAGACCCAUCAAGAGAAUGCAUGAGAGAUUUCUCUAAUGAAGCUAAUGAAGAAGAUGUGAACUACAUUGGAAACUAUGGGAACAAGGGAUACAAUCCAAGCUAUCGCCCAAACCCCAACAUGUCUUAUAGAAACCCCAAUGUGGAGAACCCUCAAGACCAAGUGUAUCCUCCAAGAUACCCACAGCAGCAAAGACCUCUUUACCAAUCUCAUGGAAGUCAAUUUCAGCCAAGGCAGGGAUAUGAGCAGCGAACAUCAUAUCCGCCCAAGGAGCCAUAUGCUUCUUCACCAAAUCAAGCUCUUCCAAACCAACAAGGAGGAAGGUUUGAAGGAAUCCUCCAACAGAUCAUGGAUGGCCAGAAAAGGAAUAGCAAAGAGAUGUAUGAGAAGAUGGACUAUCCAAGAAGUCCUUUUGCAACUCAGCCGCCAUAG